UCCAAUAUGUCUAAGGAAAUGCCUAUUUUGUUCGUUUAUGACACUUUACAUUGUCAAACUGAGCAUGAUGAUCCUUCGGAGGCUGUUCUUUACUUUUAUCCAAGUUGGGUCUCAGAUCAACAAAGAUUGGCACUGUGCGGUCAGUUAAUGGGGACAACUUAUUUCUUGAAAAAUGUAUUUAGUUGCCCAAAAAUAAUUGAAUUGAAGAGUGGGAAAUUUGUCAUGAAACAUUUUGGAAGAUAUAUAUUGGCCGUGGGAACUGAUAGAAAUAUUGCUAAUUGGAUUCUCUUACGUCGAGCUGAGUUACUGUCUUCCCUCUUACAAUUUUAUCACUGUGAUAUUCAAGUUAUAAAAUAUCAAAUUGAAUUAACUGCUCAAACUCCAUCUGAUUCAUUUGGAAGAAGCAAGUUAUCAGAUAAACUAUAUCAAAUUUUUGAAUCAUAUCUGUCAAUAUUGCAACACUGGAGUAACGUUUUUCAAAAUGUUCCUGUUAUAAGACUACCAAAGAGUGGAAGCAAUGUUUUCCUAGAAGCUAUGCAUACAUUGCAAUUUUGUCAACAUCGGAAUAAUGUACUUGGAGGUGUUAUUUUAUACCACAAUAAAGUCGUGGCUACACAACUUCCUCCCAGUAUAACAAAAUAUCUAGUUCUAACAGAUCCGCACCAUAUAAAAUCUUCAGCUGAAAGGCUUGAGAUUGGAUUUCAUUUACCAGCUGAAACCCAAAUAUUAAUUGUCUAUAUUGAGCAAGAAGAAUAUAAGUAUCUCAAGAAUUUAAGUGAUAAAGCAAAAUCCUUAUCACAAACUAAACAAUUAUUACUAAACAAGGCAACUGCGAAUAAGGAUGUAACAACUAUAACUUCACUUAAGCGUGAUAAAUCUAUAAUUUUUACAUCGGUACCUGAGGAAGAUGUUGAUCAUUCUACUUGUGCAAAGUUAGAAGAUAUAGAUUCUACAAAAACUAUAUUUGAAAAUAAGACUAGUCAAAAAUACAAUCAAAAGUUCAGUCGACCUACUCAUUUACCAUUAAAAUAUAAGAAUGUAACUUCUCGAGACCUACCUGAUUCAGGAUUGGGCAUUGAUAAAACAGAUGAGGAUGAAAUGAUUCCUGAAUUCAAAAGACAAACUAGUGUAUGCUCCACUCCUAUGACAGAUUUAAAUAAGAUUUUGCAUGGACGUGCAAUGUCAAUUUGUGGAUUUCCAAUGCGCACUUAUGGUUUUGGUUUAAGCAAAUUUAAAUUUGAGAAUAAUGAAGAUGCUUGUGAUGAUAGUGAUGAUUCCUAUUUGAAAAGAAAUAGAACUUUAAGUGAACCUUGCUACAACAAUAUGACAUCAGAUUUUAUCCUAGAAAAUCCAAUUGAAAAACUUGAUCUAGAAGUAACAAAAAAAAUUAAUAAAGACAAACCAAAAAAGGAAAUAUUAUCUAAACCAUCACCAAAAGAAGUGGAUACCAGCAUCAAAUUUUCCUCAGUUUUAGACAAGACGCACUGCAAGAUUCUAUAUAUGAUUUCACACACAACUGAUGCACAGGAUAAAUCUUCUAUAUGCAAUACUCCUAUUUCAUCAGUGAUUAAUUCAGAUCUAAAUCAUUCUGAGGCUUUUGGUGGAAGAGUACGUUCUCAUUUGUUAAUAUGUGGACAACGUGAUAUGACCCUUCUCUUAAUUCUUGAAGAUGGUGCUGGAUAUAAUGAGCAGCUCAUCACAGAAAUGUGGGAAACUUGUGUAAGUCGUUUACCAAGACUUGAGUCUAAACUAAGAGAUAUUCUUGGAGCGGUUGAGCCAGAGCAAAUACCAUCUAAUAAUGAACAAGGAUAUAGUUUUAUGUGUGUUGGAUUCUCAAUGGGAUGUGGUCAAUCGAGGGGGACCAUGGGAUCCUCAAGAAUUAUCAGCAUUGGGUCAUAUGCACAUGUCUGUUUUGGAUACCAAUUUGGCAGAAUUGAGAUGUACUACCACAAGCAGCAGAGAAGCGUUCAGGAAUACCCCCACCAUCUGAUGGCAUGGGUUCUGUACAAAUAAGAGCUAGACGAAGAUUGGAGCGAGACCAUGCUAUUAUAUUAUUGUAAAAUUUAGAUUUAUUGAUGAGCGACUUAUAUAGGUAA